GUAACGUAACGUUACGAGAUAGCAGGUCAAUGAGCUAGCGUUAACUGUCAUACUUGUUGUUGAAUUUUCCCAUCCUCCGUGACAACCCAAUGGGUCGUAGCUCCUCCGGAGUCCACUAUAAGGAUGCAAAAAAGGACGAAAAGCUUCCCCUGAAAUGAUGUUUUCCGCGAAUAGUUGACACGACAGGGCAAAUACUCGGGACAGAUUUUCCUGACGUCCGCCAUUUUUCUGUCUCAUUUUGCUCUGUAGCAGGGCAGCCUCCGGCCUGCCGGCGGCGCUCACGUCCGCCCCUGGCAAGCACUCAACAGGUUAUCUUUGAUGACGUCUGGAAAAGAAAACAGGAAAUUCUGUAGAAACGAAAAAGUCCGAGACGUUUUCAAACGCAAAGGUGGGUAUUAUAUAUACAAAAUAAUAUAUGCUUUCACGGAAAUAGGCAGUACCUUAAUGCCGUUGUUGCUGAAGAGGACGUAUGUUCGUUGUCCCUGCUGUUUUGAUGGCGUGCUUUGACAGCAAUAAGGGGAGUUUGGAGGAGGACAGCUAUGAAGGAGCUGUUGGCGGAGAGCUGUCCGGCUGCGCGUUGGCAAUGCUGGAAAAGGAACGGGAAUCUCUUCCCAGCCCUUCAGAGAGCCCUGGCACCUUCAUUAGCAGCACCUCCACUAGUCUUCUGGCCACUGCACCCCUCCAGGGCUAUGACGUGGAGUUUGACCCGCCCCUAGAGAGUAAAUAUGAGUGCCCUAUCUGUCUCAUGGCUUUGAGGAAUGCCAUUCAAACACCCUGUGGUCACCGUUUCUGCAAGCACUGCAUUGAGAAGUCUAUUCGCGACACAGGACAGAGGUGCCCUGUGGACAAUGAACGGCUGUUAGAAGACCAGUUGUUCCCGGAUAACUUUGCCAAACGGGAGAUUCUGUCGCUAACUGUUCGCUGUCCAAACUCUGGCUGUGCUGAGAAAAUGGAGCUCCGAAGUUUAGAGAACCAUUUGGCACAGUGUCAGUUUGCCACUGUGCCUUGCCCACAGUGCCAACAGUCUGUGAGAAAGAGCCACCUCGAGGAGCACACAACUGUUGAGUGCCAGAGGAGACCUGUGUCGUGCCCAGAUUGUUUGGCACACUUUGUUUAUGAGGAGAGCGAGCUUCAUGAGCAGCAGUGUCCCUUUGCCAGUGUGAAGUGCCAGUACUGUGAGAUGGACCUCACCAGAGACCAGAUGGAAUCUCAUUGUGAUACAGAUUGCCCCAAAGCACCCAUUGCCUGUAACUUUAGCACCUUUGGAUGUAAGGAAAGGAUGCAGCGCCACAACCUGGCUCAGCACAUGCAGGAGUUCACGCAGAUGCACAUGCGCUACCUGGCGGAGUUCCUGCGUGGCCUCAGCCUCAACGGCACCACAGCCAAGUCCCCCUGGACGCUAGGACGUUGCGUUUCCUCCGAGGACCUGGGAGCUGCAGCAUCGGGAUCGGCCUGUAGCGGGCCCAGAGGGGCUGCGAGCUGCAGCAACAACUGUGCCCCGUGUCCGCCUAGUGAGGAGAUGCAGAGGCUCAGGGAGAUGGAUGGACGGUUGGUAAGGCAGGAUCACCAGCUGCGUGAGCUCAUCAUCUUAAAAGAAACACAGGCUGGCCAUCUUGCGGAGUUAAGGCGCAGAGUGUCAAUGCUGGAGGAGACCGUACGGGAGCUGGAGUCUCAGCAGUGCAACGGUAUCUUCAUCUGGCGCCUCAAAGGUUUCUCUGCCCACCUGCGGAACCAAGAAGCGGGCCAGCCGGUGGUGGAGCACAGCCCCGGCUUCUACACGGGCCGCCCGGGCUACAAGCUGUGCCUGCGCUUGCACCUGCAGACCCCCAACGCCCCGCGCUGCUCCAACUACAUCUCCCUCUUUGUCCACACCAUGCAAGGGGCUUUCGACGGGCUGCUGACCUGGCCGUUCCAGGGCACCAUCCGCCUCACCAUCCUAGACCAGGGCCCCGAGGGCCAGCACCACACGGAGGCGAUGGAGACCAAACCAGACCUGCAGGCCUUCCAGAAGCCCACGAUCCAGCGCAACCCCAAGGGAUUCGGCUACGUCACCUUUCUGCACCUGCACCAGCUGAGUCACAGGGCCUUUGUUAAAGAUGACACUCUACUCAUCCGCUGCGAGGUGACGCCGCGUUUUGACAGUAUGCAUCACCGCGAGGGGCCAACGGUGCAGCCCAGGGGCCACGAGGCCUCCGUUUCGAGGGACUGAAGUCAAACUCCGAUCUCCAGGAUUAUCAUCGUGCUGAGAUGUCAUCGCGGUGCGGCGCAUCUGCCCGAACUGUGUUUUUAAAUACUGCUCCGUUCAAAUCAGGGGGAGGGAAAUCGAUGUUCACACCCAUUUAAAGUUUGGACACUGCAAGUAUGCUAGUAUUUAUUUGUUCACCAACUUUUAAAAUGUCAGUGUUUUUAAAAAAAAAAAAAAAAAAAAAAAAAUAUACAGCACAAUUAUUUUAAUAUAUUUGAAAUGUAUGUAGUGACCCACAAGCUACCAACAUUCAGCAAGCCUCAUGAAUUCAAAUUUUGUAAAGAGUCAAUAACAUUUAAUCAGCACGACGUCACCAGUUCAAGAUGUGCACUUUAAAGAUACCCUGUGGAGUUUUUGACAACUAGUGGCGCUAGGGAGCAAUGUUUGUUACAAGAUCAUUGCAUUUUUAAUUUUUUUAUUUUUUUUUUAAUCUCAUUCUCAAAGAUGCAGAGGGUGCUAACAAAGGUGAGUAGCGCAUACAAACUAUUUAAAAAAAAAAAAAAUAAAAAAUUAAAAAAAAGGGCCAACGGGUUAAGG